AAGGAAAGGAACAAAUAAUUUGUGCGACACUAUCACUAAAAAUAACUUAAAUAUCGUCAGUAAAACACAUUUCAUAUGAUUUUUCAUUUCCUAACCGUUUGGUUGAGAGUCUCCGGCAAAAGAAGUGAACGAAAAAAUAAAAGCAAAUGCAAUGUUCUCUAUAGAAGAGUCGACGAAUUAUAAUCCAAUAAAUCAAAUGUUUUACACAAAUCCAACACUUUUAGCCAAUGAUUAAAAGUCAACAGCAAUUGUGUUUACCUCAAUAUUUGUCACAAUUUAAUCAAAUCGGAGCCGUAAAUCAAAAUGAAAAGAUACCAACAGUUAAUACAAACACAAACUCUUUGCAAAAAGAAGGUUUGACUCCAUAUCAGGGAAGAAAGCGUUGUUUCGGUGAAUACAAGUGCUCUAAAUGUAAAAGAAAGUGGAUGUCUGGCAAUAGUUGGGCCAAUUGUGGCCAACAAUGCAUUAAAUGUCAUAUUAUGGUUUACCCACACAAACAAAGACCGCUCGACAAACCGGAUGGUCUGGACGUCAGCGACCAAAGCAAAGAACAUCCGCAACAUCUCUGCGAGAAAUGCAUUUCUUUGGGCUAUUAUUGUCGCCAAAAUCAUUGAAGGCUUUAUUUGCUGAACUUUUUAUUGAACUUAAAAUGAAAAUAUUUGAUACCAAAAAAUUAUACUAUAUUUCAGGC